UAUGGCAAGCUAAUUGGAAUUCAAUCUUAAUCAAAUUCAAGUUGAUUUUAUUUUAAGUAAAAUGCCAAAAGGGUAUUCUCUUUUGCAAUCUAAUCUCUUAAAAUCACGUGAAUAAAGAGUGGUAAAAUUUCCCUCCUUAUUAAUUGUAUAGCCUAAAAAGGUUAAUAAAUAUGAUGCAUCAUUCCAAAGCAAUAAAUAAGAAGUAGUUGAAGAUAAAAGCAAGAGAUCUCAAAGAAUAGUUCCAAUUUAAAAAGAAUAAGUCAAAAUUCCAUUAGAUGAUAAUUGCAAGAAGGGAUUAUAACUUCUUUAAAAAUUCAAAUCCCAUCCAGCAUUUAAUGAGAUUAAUGCUUCUGGGUAUUUAAAUAUCGAUAAAAUUGAAGCUUCCUUCAAAUAGGAGGGUAUUACUUACUUGUAAAUUAAAAGGUAAUUUGAUGAAUCUUUGGAAUCAAAUUAGAAUUGCAUUACAAAAACUAACUUAAUCUGUUUCAUCCACCCAAAUGCAAGAUUAAGUUACAUUAUUAGAAAAUCAUUUUUAUCAUGUAUUUAAACCAAUCUAAAAUGAAUAAAAAUAAAUAUCAACAUCUACAAAGUAUAUCUUUUAUAAUAAUAUAUUUAGAAAUAUCCCAAUCACUAACAAAGUCAUUUCCAAUAAAGUGAAAGAACCUUAAUCUUAAAAAAAAUAAGAUACUCAUAUUUCAUUUGAAGAAAAAAGAUAAUUAGGACAACAUAUAAGAGAAUUACCUAAAGAGCAUUUGAAGGGAGUUUGGGAAAUAGUGUAGUAAAGUGUUUAAAAUCAAGAAGCUGAAGAAUUAGAAUUUGAUAUUGAUCAAUUGCCAGCCAAAGUUAUCCGUAAAUUAUAAGAAUUUGUUCAAUCCAAAUUGUAUCAUAUCAUAAUUUAAUAAAAAAAUAGAAAAACAAAAAAAGUUAAGGUUGAUCCUUCAAUCAACUACAGUUCAUAAAAAUCCAACAACUAAGAAGAUAGUUCUUUUCCCUCUGAGUCCUCUGAUUGAG